GAAAAGAGAAGGGAGAGAGCGAGAGGAAGAGAGAGAGCAACGGCUCUGUCGUCUCCUUCCAUUUUUACAGUUUCAGCCAUUUCUUCUCUCCUCUUUCCCUCGUCAUCUCCUCCCUGGGACAUAAACUAACAGAGAGAGAACAGAAAAAGGUCUCAGUCAAAACUUAUCUGAUUUUCAAUCGGUUUAUUUGGCUGAUUGAUCUGUUUCUGCUCUUUCUCUGUUCGUCUCAAACAGAUAAUAACCGAGACGAAAACGGAGAAAAAAAAAGAGAAGAAAACAGAUUGAAGUAUUUUGUGAAAUUAAAAUACAUACAAACAUACUACUUAAUACAUCAGAAACCAAAAAUCUAUUAAAUUGAGUACAUUUGGUUGUUUGUUUUGUGAAGAAAAUGAGUCAAAAGGGACGAGACGAGACAAUGAGCAUUGGCUCAUCAAUGGGCGGAGACGAGUCAAUGUUUGGGGAUAUACAAGGAGAAGAGAGAAUUUUUGUUUGUGUUAGAAUGAGGCCUUUGAACGAGAAAGAAAUUGCGAGACACGAUGUCAGUGACUGGGAAUGCAUUAACGAUACCACCAUUAUUUUCAAGAGCAACAUGCCUGACCGCUCCAUGGUCCCUACUGCUUAUACAUUUGACAGAGUAUAUGGAAGUGAAUGCCCCACAAAGCAGGUAUACGAGGGAGGAGCCAAAGAAAUUGCUCUUGCAGCAGUUAGUGGCAUUAACUCAAGUAUUUUUGCAUAUGGGCAGACAAGUAGCGGAAAAACAUAUACAAUGAGUGGAAUUACUGAAUGUGCCAUGGCUGACAUAUAUCAAUACAUAGAACAGCACAAGGAAAGAGAAUUCGUAUUGAAAUUCUCUGCCAUGGAGAUUUACAAUGAAGCUGUCAGAGAUCUUCUUAGCGCAGACAGUACUCCGCUUAGACUCCUUGAUGAUCCAGAGAAAGGGACUGUUGUCGAGAAACUUAUAGAGGAGAGUCUAAUAGAUUGGAACCACUUUCAAGAGCUCCUUUCCUUGUGUGAAGCUCAAAGACAAAUAGGAGAGACCACUCUGAAUGAGAACAGCUCCAGAUCUCAUCAAAUUAUAAGAGUGACAGUUGAAAGCGCUGCCUAUGAAUAUUCAAGAGCUGCAAAUUCAAGCACCCUCACAGCUACAGUGAAUUUUGUUGAUCUCGCUGGGAGCGAGCGUGCUUCACAGACACUCGCAGCUGGUGUGAGAUUGAAAGAAGGUUCCCACAUAAAUCGCAGUUUACUGACCCUGGGAACUGUAAUUCGUAAAUUAAGCAAGGGAAGAAAUGGACACAUACCUUACAGAGACUCUAAACUAACACGCAUACUGCAUAACUCAUUAGGAGGCAAUGCUAGAACUGCCAUGAUCUGCACGAUAAGCCCAUCGCGCAAUCAUGUUGAGCAAACAAGAAACACCCUCUUGUUUGCAAGCUGUGCCAAAGAGGUGACUACUAAUGCACAGGUCAAUGUGUUGAUGUCAGAUAAGGCUUUGGUAAAGCAAUUGCAAAAAGAACUAACAAGGCUGGAGAGCCGUUUAAUGGACAUGGGAUCAAUAUCUGCCACAGGUGAUACUGCUGCAUUACUAAGAGAGAAAGAAGUUCUGAUUGAACAGAUGAAAAAGGAGAUUAAAGAUUUAACUUGGCAGCGUGAUCUUGCACAAGCUCGUAUUGAGAGUUUGCUAAGAUCAGUUGGAGAGGAUCGACUUACAAAAGCAGAAGAAAAUUCAGCAUCGGAAUCGUCAGAAGUGAUCAAUCCUGAAGGUGUUUUAAGAAACAACAAGGAUUUUGAUGACCCCAGUGUUGUUACUCCUUCCAGACAUCUCCUAGAUAUUCCAGAUCCUGAAGAUAAUUUUCUGCUGGAUGACAGCACCCCACAGUUUUCUGGGCUUGAUUCAUGCCGCGGUUGGGAGAACAUUUCUCCAAGAAAGGAUGAAGAAACUGAAGAUAUCUGCAAGGAAGUUCGAUGUGUUGAAGCAGAGGAAGCCAAUAUGAACAGUAGAGCAGAAGGUGACAUGUCGUUAUCUGGUUCUGAAGAAAAAGAGGUAAAUUUACAGUUGACCACGAUAGAAUCAAUGGAUGAAGGUGCAGCACCACCAAUGCAGGAUGAAGAUAAAGAGUUGAAUCAUAACGAUUCAUUUGACUCUUAUGAUUCUCUGAAGCGAAAAAUUCAGGAAUUGCAUGACACCAUCAGCCGUUUACAAUCUCCUUCGAACGAAGCAGGUGCUUCUGGCUCUAAAGGUUUGACAUGGAUUAGAAGCAGAAGUAGGAAAUCAGUUGUUAUGACUAUUCCAUCUGAUUUUUGGUCUCAAGAGGAAGAAGAGGAUGAGGAUACACCACCUGCUGCACCCAAAGAAGGAUCUUCUGAAAAACCAGAACCUGAAGAGGACUCUUUUGAAAGACCAGAACCUGAAGAGGAAUCUUCUGAAAAACCAGAAGCAGUAGAACAAAAGCUUCCAGAAAAAACAGAAGAAAUAGAGCAAAAACUUCCAGAAAAACCGGAAGAAAUAGAGAAAAAACUCCCAGAAUUAAAGCAUUAUAUAAAAAUUGAAAGUAUGUGUAGGAAAGAUUCAACAAAAUCCAUUAGUAGUGAUUCUGCAGAAGAAGAAGAAGAAGAGACUAUCAAAGAGAUAGAUGUAGAUGUAGAUGAUACUACCAGUGUCCUUGAUUUCGUUGCAAGAAUGAACGUAAUGUCUAACCCUCAAUCAGAGGAGCAAAUUGGUGAUGUUCCGGUUCCGGAAGUACCAACUAGGGCUGUCCCGAGGAAUAUCAGAGAUGGAGGUGCAGAGAGAGGCCAUGGCAAUAGGCAAAACCAUUCAAAUUGGGCCGUAAAAUUUGAAAGAUAUAGAAGAAAGAUAAUUGACCUAUGGGUCAAAUGCAACGUCCCAUUGGUCCACAGAAGUUAUUUCUUCCUGCUCUUCAAAGGAGAUCCUUCUGACAAUGUUUACAUGGAAGUAGAGCUUAGAAGAUUGUACUUUUUGAAGGACACAUCUGCACGUGGGACUAACGCAAUGAUAGAUACUAAGAUAGUCUCACCAGCCUCAAGUUUGAAGGCUCUGAACCGCGAAAGGGAAUAUUUAGCGAGACAAAUACAGAAAAAGUUCACAAAAAGGGAAAGAGAGGAACUUUACCUGAGGUGGGGUAUUGACUUAGACACGAAGCAGAGAAGCCUACAGUUGACACGCCGUUUAUGGACGGACACAAAAGACAUGAAACAUAUGAGGGAGAGCUCCCUGUUUGUUGCUAAGUUGGUUGGGUUUGUAGAGCCACGUUAUGCCCCGAAAGAGAUGUUUGGACUCAGUUUCAUAACCCCGUCAUCAACCCAGAAAUCUUCCAGCUGGAGAGACAACAUGUCCUCACUAUUAUAAAGCUUGUUGGAGGGAGAGAAGUUUCUCUGACCACCCAUCUGAUGCAGAGUUGAAGGCUCUUUCUUGGCAGUUUUACCUUGCAUAGUUGAAUGUUUUGAGUUCUCUUUUUGAAUGUUUUGAGUUCUCUUUGUUGUAAAAUUUAAAAAUACGGUUUCUAAGCUGACUAGAGUCGCAGAAUUUUUUUUUUCACCCGUUGAUUCUGCUACUUUAGAACAUACAUAGGAGCUAAGGAAAUAUGGAAUUACUAUUAUUACCUUGUUUGCAGCCAUUAGCUUCUAUAGAGGUGCCGAGUUAAUAAAAUUGAAUUAUAUUUUUUUAUUUUUUAAAAAA